AUGGCAGAAGGAGCGGAUGUCAGCGAGAUCUUGGAGGACUGCGAAGAGCUGGACUUGACAGGCUCUCAUCUGCCAGAUCUGUCGGGUAUUGAUCUUCCUGAUGGCUUGAAGGCUCUCGACCUGACGACCAAUCGCCUACGUGCCCUAGAUCCGCGGCUCCUUGCACUUACUGGUCUCCAGACCUUGUCACUGCGGCAGAAUCUCCUGUCAGAUGUGGGCCAACUGGGCAACUCUGCCUUCAGAGCAGUGCUCAAGGAGCUUGUCCUCCAUGACAAUCAUAUCGAGGAGAUUCCUGAAAUGGAAGACUUCACAUCCCUGCAGCGACUGGAGCUGUCCUACAACCAAAUACAGUCCCUGCAGCCACUGCUCAGCCUGGGCAGCACUGUCUUGAGCGACCUUUACGUUGCCAACAAUGCUGUCCAGAAGAUUGAGGCGGUGCAGCAGUUCACCAACCUGCGAAUGCUGGAGCUAGGGUCCAAUAAAAUUAGGGAGAUGACAGGGCUUGAGGGGCUCACUAAUCUGCAGGAGCUCUGGCUGGGGCGCAACCGCAUCGCAGAGAUCAGCGGCCUGAAUAGCCUGACUGCGCUGCGCAAGCUGUCGGUGCAGAGCAAUCGGCUGAUGUCCAUGGCGGGGCUGCAGCACUGCUCUCAGCUGGAAGAGCUCUACCUCAGCCACAACGGCAUUCAGCGCCUGGAGGGGCUCGAGUCACUGCCAAACCUGCGGGUCCUGGACGUGUCGUCCAACCAGGUCAGCGAUCUUACGGGCCUGGAGGCACUGACUCAGCUUACGGACCUCUGGCUGAAUGACAACGCGAUCACGUCACUCGGUGACCUGGUGGCCGCAGCGGGGGGCCCCAUGGGGGGGUCCCUAACCUGCCUGUACCUAUCAGGCAACCCGGCGGCUGAGACGGCCGGAGGGCACGCCGCUUACCGGGCCGCCGUUGUUCGCAUGUUUCCCAAGCUGCAGCAGUUGGAUGAUCAGCUGGUGUAG